AUGAAGGUCUCCAAAGCUGUUGCCGGCCUUGUGUCCGCAACCGUCCUCUUCGGCUCCGCCCCUGCAGUGUCGGCCGAUGAGACGGGAUUCUUGGAUCGUUCGCAUCGGGCCCUUGGCAAAGGUCAUGCCAACAAGGCCUCUGGUCCUGAUUACGACCUUUAUGGCGGUUACACCCCCGAGGAGAAAGUUUACAGUUAUCCGCCUUAUGGGUACCACCCGCCUCCACCCCCACCAUUUUCUUUGACAACGUCAGCAUUUGAUGAGCCAACUACUACAACCAGUCAAGACCUCGAGCUCGUCGACCUCAACAGGCUCCGAGACUUCAAAGACAGAUGCGUACGGGUCAAGUGUUACCACUCGUCCCUCGACGCCACGCCCUGCUACGAGCUCAUCGGGCUCAACGAGUUCCGUGAGCUCAGGUACUUCUCAGGCGAGCCUAACAGCUUCCGAGAGUGGGCUGUCUUCCGCCAUGCCUACUGCUACAUCUUCUGGGUUCAUGAACAGUUCCUCAUCCACGUCUCCUGA